CAAGCCAGCUCGGCUCAAAACAAACUGGCACAUUGGCAUCGUUGGCAUCCAGCGAGCUCGAAUAGCGCGUUGAACGAUGUGCGGUAGACCUCGAGUCCCGUUUGACAUGCACAGCUUUCUCGACAUGAUCGAGACAUUCCCCUUCUUAUACGACAAGCGUCACACGAACUUCAAAAACAAGAAUCUCAAGCGAGGAGUCUGGGCCGAAAUUGGCGACCAGUUCGGUCUCAACGGACCUUUCGGGUCAGGACCAGUGGCUGAGGCUAAAUUCAAGAACGCCAGAGACAAGUACACAAGGAUCAAGACCGAGAUCCGAAGUGCCAAGCGAGGCGACGCCAGCGGAAUCAUCAGAGUGAAAUGGCCUUACUUUGGGCGGUUGCAAAAGAUGAUAGACCCCGGAUUUGCGGGAAGAAUAAUUUUGAAGAACCCCGUGGCCAUUGCCACUACGUCCAUUGGUGAUUCGUCCAUUGAUGCUGCUGCGCCCACUUCAGCUCCAGUUGUAAUUUUGAGAAACGCCGCCAUCGCCUCCGUCGCCCCCACCGUGCCGUCUCCGGCCAUUCCAACCGUGCCAGCUCCCACCAUACCCGCACCGACUCCAACUUUUGACCAUUGUUUGGAACCACAGCCAGAGCAGGGGACAGCUGUGGAAUUCGAAGACAACACGUCGAGAGACCCGUACGACGAAACAAUGAGGUUUUGCGUCCAGAGCCUGAAGGCGCUGCAGGAGAAGCAUGUGGGACGGGAGACGCACACGCACGACAGCGUCCACCUCCACUGCAUGCUGCUCGCCUCUCAGAUUCGGACAUUGACGCCGGAGGAGCAGAUCGACGCGCUCCACGAGAUCGACCAGGUCGUGUACGGCUACCAGAAGCGUGCAAUGCAGAACGGGGCUUCCAGCGACCACACCUAUUCAUGAGCUAGGGUUUGAACCGGGUCGUUUAUAGUCUGUUGCAAGAUGAAAGCAGGGCAAGCUGCUCUUUCUCUGCUCCUGGCGACCAGAGAGGUUUUUUCGGAGGAGCUCAUCCCAUGUUUCUUUGACUAUACUAUAUAUUAAUCUUGACCUCUUUCUCGGUUUCUUUAUGUUCGUUGCUCGAGCAAAGCCAUAUGCAGUGUACAGGUCAUUUCAUACCAUCUAUUUAUGUAUUUUUUUAGUAAUCUGAGGGAUGAAUGUGUGUAAUAUACAAAUGGCAUCUACUCUGUUCGAUCUUUCUUAGGUCGUAAAGGGCCCGUUUUCUGCGAAUGUUCGACGCCGUCUGUCGGCGGAUCAGGAAGCGUCUUUGUAGACCUUCUAAAAUUCUUUAACCGGCCAUUGCGCCUGCACCGCUCUUUCAAACAAGGGUAGGAAAAAAUUACUGCGUGGUGCGAUUGCAACACUGGGCUGUCCGAGGCUCCGCUUUGUUGCUGACUGUCAAUGACGUCCUAUAAGUGCCGCCAAAAAUGGCAGACAGCCACGUCUGCUAAUACUACUACGCAUGCACAUGGUGCAACCCUGGAAAAGGCCCGUUGUACCGGUCCGAAUCUUUUGUCUGGUAACAAUUUCUAUUUCAGUCAAUUUUUCUUUUAUUUAGCUACCUGAGAAUGUUGUAGCGAGCUUGAAAGGAAAACUUGGUUCUCCGAUCUUUGAGGCAGGCGUGCUGGCGAGGCACGUUACUUCCGAGCUCCCUUCAAAGUUGUCGGCCGGUAUGUUCGCAUAUUGUGAAUGUUCCCGGUAUUAAUUUUUCUUUGAGUGUGUGUAGUGUUAUUUGAAGAGGCAAUAAAACUUUGAUGCCACUAGAAAUUUCUCUAACCAA